UGGACAGUGAGAGGAAUGUCGGUGUUGUUUUUAAAUAUUUGCAAUUUUUUGCUGUUUUUUUGUCAAAUAAACGUUACAGAGGAGGUUUCGAUUAUAUAUUCAGUUUAACUUGUUAAGUUUUAAAGUAUCCCUCGACCGGAAGAAAUAAUUCGGGCAGGCCCUAGUCAUAACAUCAUAAACCAUAUAGGUUAGUUUUAUAAGCAUGGAACCAAGUCAAGUGAUAAAACAAAUUAAAGGGUUCAUAACCUCGACCAAACGUGACUUAACAGUUGCCCAACUAAACAGAGACUUUAAGACAUUGGGUGGAGAAUGGAUACCAUUCGAGCGGAUGGGCUACGGAUCCCUAGAAGAACUCUUUCAGCAGCAUCCCGACUUCAGUUUAGUGAGGAAGGGUAACGAGAGUUACGUUAUCGCCAAAAGUUCCUCCAAGUCCGCUCACAUGGUGGAAAUGGUGGCCAAACAAAAGUCAGAAAAAAAGAAACCAGCUAAAUUUGGUUUCAUAAAAUAUAACUGUCCUCCCCGGAUGCAACACAAUACGACGUCGAAAUGGCGACCGAUGGCCAACCAAAAAUCGCACAACGGUUAUGGCAGAUCGAGUCGACCGCAGGCCAUCAGACACACGCAAUUUGUCAAUAAAGUUUCCCAAAACGAGAGGAAACAGGAGGAGCCUCCCAUUCCAAAAGUUGCUUCUAAGAUUGUAAUACCGGAAAAAUCUAACCUGAACCCAAAAAGAAAACAACCGACGCAACAGGAAGUAAACGUCAGUCAGCCAGUAAAAAUACCAACCGAAUUAAACCAAAGAAUGAACAUGAAUAGGAUACAAGAAAACAUUAUGGCUCUGCUAAGUGAUAAUAGUAAUAACGCACCCAAAAAAUCACAAUCGCUGAUUUACAGUCACAAUGGAACCUCGAUAGCUUCAAGUUUUAGUCCCACUAGUGUUGAACCGAAUAUUUCCAACCCUCUAGAACCGAAUCAUCGACUGAACACUAAACACUUGCAGGGCGAUUUAAGAGAACAUUUAAAUGCUAUGAGGAGUGGGAUAAAUAAUAUGAUGUCGAGCCUUAGUCUUGACAGCGAUAGUGGCAAUUGCAGUCCCACAAAAGAGGUUUAUUCCGAUUUUAUCCGAACUGAUGAUCCGAAAGGCGAUUUGCAGAAUUUCGCCCUGCUACACAAGUUGGGCGAGGUCAGCGUUAAUCUCACGCAAAUGUCGAAAACGAACAAGUUUUAUUCGUGUAAAGUCAAGAUCGGAUCGAAACAUACGUACACGAGCUACCCGAACGAAUUUAAGAAACCCAUGGAGGCGAUUGCGUUUUGUUGCGAGGAAGCGCUCGCCGACUUGAUACCGAAGUAUAAAAGGAAAUCGCUGUUAAUAUCUAGUGAAUCGGAUAUAUUGAGCAGGUUACCACCGUUACUGGAGAAACACAACUUCGGCAUCUGGGCGGAACAGUUGAAGGCCGAUUACGAGGACAAAUUCAACGAGUUACUGUCCGACGAUUGGCUGAAAAUCAUCGAUUCCAGUUCGUGCGUACGAAUCGAGAAAGUGUCGGACGAUUACGUGUUAUAUCAUUGCAAACCCGGUGACGUAUUACAGAAAGGUCAAAAUGGACCCGGUACACCAUUAUCCAAAUUAUCGAUACCUGCUAACACAGUUCAAUUUAACGAGGACAAUCGAUUAGUCGCUUUGGUCACGUACGUCGUGUCGGCCAACGAGGUUUGGUGUCAACAGAUUGAAACUGAUGAAAAUGUGGCGUUCACUGAGAUGUUUGACAGGCUCCAAGUGAAUUAUGAACAGCGAAAAAUGCAACCGGACACGAUAUUACAACAUAGCUAUUACAUUGCGAAGGUCGAAGGGAUUUACUACAGAGUAAGAACGAUAAGAAUUAACGAAGACGACGUGGAUUGUUUUCUGAUCGAUUACGGCAGCGAACUGGCCGUGCCGAAGACCGACAUAUUCGUACUGGCGAGGUUUUAUGCGACAUCUCAAGCGCAGGCGUUCGUAUGUCGUCUAUUCGGCCUGGAAGGUUUGCAGGAAAUGUCGAACAGUUCGAAGUCUUUUGCCGACAGUCUGUUGGAUCGAGCCGUUGUUAUAGAAUUAGUUGAGACCGAUACUAAUACCGACGAGAAUAUUUUACCUGUUCUCAUGUACGAUCCGGAAACCGGAAAUUCGAUUAACGAAGAAUUUUUAAACGCGUCCCACGCGGAAAUUGCCUGGCCACAAUUACAACCGGACGGUAUAACGGAGGUGUACGUGUCAAAUAUCGAGUCGAAUGGAGACGUUUACGUGCAAGUGCGGACCCAAGGAUACGAGAGUCUGAAACGGUUACAGAAGCAAAUUGAGGCUCAGAUUGCGGAGAAAGCGCCCACGGAGAUUUUGUAUAAAAUCACGAAGUCAAACAGCAAAGAAAAAUUGUACUUUAUCAAACACAACGGAAACUGGUAUAGGGCAAAGUUGAUCGACUGGUCGCCAGACGGCGAGUUCGCUCAGAUCUACUUUAUCGACGAAGGACACGCGUCCGUAAUCCGGAUUUCGAGCGAAAUUCUUUAUCCGCUUGAAAUAUUGAACGACGCGUUUAAUAACUAUCCGUACCAAGCACUCAGGACGAGGAUGGCUUUGGAAAAAAUCCCCGAGAAUUUUAAAGAGUUGGCGAACAAGGAGCUGCCGAGAGACAGUCCGAUUCUUUUAAAAGUCGUCAACACUAUCGAAGACGCCGUUCCGGUCGUUAAAAUGUACAAAAGGAAUCAGGAGGGCGGUUUGUAUUGCAUCAAUGAAUCUAUCGAGGUACAGUUGGAGUUGAGUUCAAAAGAGGACCAUUUAAAACUGAAACUAAGCAAUCACGCUAAUUCAGAUAAAGUUCCGUCUACCGGUCUACUAAAGUGUCCCCCUUUGCCUGAAGUCGGAGGAGGUUUUUACAAAUUGAUUGUGCCAGUAGCGAUACACCCGCACAAUUUUUUCGUGCAACCGUACGAUUCUAAUGAGCAAUUGUACGAGUUGAUGGAGCGACUGCAAGCGCGUUACGAGAAACUAGAAUAUGGGACUUUAAAGGUCGAGAACGUUUUACCGGGGAGUAUUUACGCUGCAAAGUACGAAGACGGCUGUUGGUACAGGAUUAGCGUAAUUAAAGUAAUCAAUUCAGCUUCUUCGGUGUCAGUAUUUUACUGUGAUUUUGGAAACUACCAAACUCUUCCGGUGAAGUACUUGGUACCCUUGGAUAAGGAGUUCAUGGAGUUGCCGUAUCAGGCGCUAAAAGCGAAACUAGCAGGCAUUAAACCGAAACAAAACAAAUGGACGGUGGAGGACUGUGAUUUCUUCAAAAAGUACGUCGAAAAGAAAACCUUUUUCGGAACGUUGAUCAGCAUGGAGAAGGAUUACCUGUACGAGUCCGAUAAAGUGUUAAAAUUGGCACUUUGCGACACUUCGUCGCAAGAGGACGUUGAUGUUGCAAAAGAACUGAUCGAUCAAGGGAUCGCCGUUAAGGACGAUUAAAAAAAAUUAUAAUUUUGACUGGUUAUUGUGACGUGAUUGACAUAUUUUAAAUAGUUGCGAUUAAGUGUCUUUGAAAGUUGAAAUUAUGACGGUUAAAGUCGCGAUCUGUGUGCCAUAUUUACUAGUUUAUUGAGUGCUGGGUACGGCAACUUUGUUUUAAUAGCAAACUUUGAUUUUUUUUCUAAAUUAUUUUACUCGAUACGUUUGACUCAACGAUGCCUUAACCUGUUAAUACGUUUCUUGCAAAGUGGAGGUCACAACCUCCUUCUUCAAUUCUCAAAUUUAUGUCCGGCCAGUGAUUGUUCGAGUUUGGUAAGAAAAAGUCGCACAGGGUCAAAUCUGGCGACCGUUUUCAUGUAAUCGAUGCAACUCGCACCUUCUCCUUCGUCUUCUUUUAAGCAAAGUCCACCGUUUCAUCGAAUUUUUUAUCUCUGAAGUGUGUACCAGUGAUUAUAUUAUUACUAUUGCUUAUCUGCCGAAGUCGGCUAAGAAAUGGCGGAAUUGUUCAGUGUUGAAAUAGCGAAGAUCCUGAUGAUUUACAUAUAUUUACAAACUGGUCAAAUUGCCACCACUUUUUUAUAUAUUCUUCAUACAAAGUGUAACAAAUUUAAAGUUAUUGCCAAUUAUUGCAACUAUUUGAAAUGUGGCGCGCGUCAUGAUUUAUUGAAACGUUUAUUUUAAUCAUAAUGAUUAUAUUUACAAACCAAUAUAAUAGGGUGGUUUAAUUUGAUGGCAGAAUUGUGUAAAUCCUAGUGGACAAUUUUUUUUACCCACGUUACUUAUUUUUUAACGUUUGAUUUAUACAAUUCGCCCAAUAUACUUUGUAAGCUUGCAAUAAUAAAUGGUAUGAUUAGUUGCCCAAGGUAACGCAAUAUUCAUUUAAUCAAUUGUUAUUUAUUAUCUGCUCGUUGAUUAUACUUAAAAUAAGUAUUAUGUAUAGAUGUUCCCGUUUUGUAGUAUUUGUUGUUACAGAUAAAUUAUAUUACAUAGCAACUGUUUAAUAUUAGUGUAUCGUUACUAGGUCAGAAUGGGCCCUCUUUUUUGUUUUCAUAAUCUUUAAUGUUCGGUUUUAUUUAUUCCUUUUCAUAAUAAAAUCAUUAAAAUAUU